ACUGCACGUAAAAAACCUCUAUUUAUUAAGUUACAAUUUAAUGGUGACUUAUAAAGUGAGGAUUUAUUCCAAAGACUUUCAAGGAGUAUACAAAGAACAUUUUAUGCAGCAAACCUAUGUUUGUCAUUCUCUAGCCGACGAAUGAUUCGGACGCAAACGAAGGAUAAGCUUGAUAGUUUCGCCACAUCUAUGUGCAUUUAUCAAUUCAACUGCACCUGCGGUGACAGUUAUGUUGGACGUACUACUAGACAGUUUAGCCAACGUGUUAGUGAACAUCUCCCAUCGUGGUGUUUUGGCAAAGGACAGACAAAAACAAUCCGUAACUCUAUUUUGUCACACUUAAUUGAUAGUGGUCAUGUAGUGGAGAAAACGACAGCCUUCAAAGUAAUUCAUCGUAUCCCACCGAAUCUUUCCAAUAGACUUCGUAUUCGUCUACUGCACGCACACAGCUGAGGCGAUAGACAUUCGAACUAUUAAACCUAAACUAUGCAUUCAAAAGAUGAAGUUCUUUCAGCCAUUAUCUCUCCCUUGUUGGCCUAUUAAGAUAUAACCAACUAAU